GACUUUUUUAUCGUCUCUCAGCAAUGUUGGCAAACAGGCAGUUUGGAUGGCGAAAGCUGUUUCUGAUACUCUCAGGUAGGUUUUGUGCUUUUUUCUUUCUGUUUUCUAUAAACCACUGCCACACCUUUAUGCUAUUAUCACCUGCGUUAAUCAUUAAUCCAACUUCUUGCUCCUCAACCGGAAGCAGAGUUGGGUUUAACUGAAAACAGACCUGUAGUAUUCAGCUUGACUUAAAAGAAACAAACAUUAUAUUACAUUUUAACAGUGUAGUUAGAGUUAAUUUUGAUAAAUUCUACAAAUUGUCUCUGUCCUUAAUAUCACAUUAUAUUUAAAUAUACAUGUAUUCAUUUAGAUUAAUUAUUAUGACUGAGAAAAAUAUAUAUAACUAUGUAUUUCUUUUUAUUUCAGUGCUUCCCUGCUGCAGAAGUAUGAAGGUUUCUAUUCCAGAGAAAGAAUACGAGAUUGCAAGAGGAGAAGAUAUUACUUUGACCUGUUCCUUCGCUCCAGCCAGAGCAAUCGGCAACGCACUCGUUGUCACAUGGGAAGUUUACCCUGAAAAAGAGGGUGAUCCAACGAAAUCUGUGGGCACCUACUUUAUCAACAACCCCAUUGACAUCGCACCUGCUUAUGAAGGAAGAGCCACAAUGGAGGUUGAUGUUGCCAGACUAGUGAGCACACUGACCAUAAAACAAGUGACCAUUCAGGACAGCCGCAUUUAUCAGUGCAGCGUCAUUGUCCCGAAUGAUGACGAGGGAAACACUGCCGCCUCCACUUUCGUUUUGGUCCUGGUGCCUCCCUCUCCGCCAAACUGUGGGAUUGAGGGAGAAGCAACGUACUUUCAAGAUAUUUCUCUCACCUGCGCGUCUGUGGAGGGAUCCCCAACACCCGGAUAUACCUGGAGGACCUAUACUGUCCAAAACAUGCCCAGAGAAUUUCCACCGAAGACAACCGAAGCAAAUGGAGUUCUAAAACUCUUCAAUAUUACAAGAGAGACGUCUGGCUUCUUCAUUUGUACUUCAACAAAUCGGAUUGGUUCUGCCAGCUGUAACUUGACUUUAGCUGUGACACCCGGCAGCAUGAACAUCGGCUCCACUGCGGGUAUAAUUGUAGGAGUCCUUGCAGGUGUGGUGUUGCUGGGGAUCAUCAUCUUCUGUUGCUGCUGCAGGAAAAAGGACAAAAAGGACGAAUAUGCUGAAGGGGCUCCUGGAGAAGCUGAGUUUUAUGACAAAGAUGCUCCUGAAGUUGACGUGUCGUACCGGGAUGACGAGUCAAGGGGUGAGAUAACGAAGGUCAACCAGCGCGAGGACAAAGCCGCCAUUCCUCUAAACAACUACAGAGAAGAAUCAGCCGCACCAAAGUUUGAGGAAGAUCAACACAGUUAUAACAGUAAAGACAGGUAUGAGGGCAAGGGCAGUGAAGUUGGCUCUCAACGGUAUCAGGACGACCAGCGCGAUCACCGCCGUGGAAGUCAUGACCGCCUUGAGGAUGAACGUGACCGUUACAGAGGCAGCCGCGAUCGUUUGGACGAUCAGCGUGAUCGUUACACUGGCAGUCGCGAUCGCCUUGAUGAUAAACGCAACUAUCACAGCGGAAGUCGUGACAGGCUCGAUGAUCAGCGAGACCGUUACGGAGGUAGUCGCGAUCGUUUGGACGAUGAACGCGAUCGCUACAGAGGAAGUAGAGACCGUCUGGACGAUCAGCGCGAUCGUUACGGAGGCAGUCGGGAUCGCCUUGAUGACCGGCGUGGAAGUCGGGACCGACUCGAUUACGCUGACGAUGAAUCCAGAAACCGCUAUUAAUAACCUUGUGUUACUGAAAGUUCUCUAAACGGCCUAAAAAAUGUUUAAACACAUAUGCGUUUGGUCGUGUAUCCAUCCAUCUAUCAUACUACCGGACCAACCACCAUUAGAUUUUUCAUGUUAUUCAUGCAAAACGCAACAGUGUAAACAUCGCCGCCAUCACUUUCUAUCAUUAAUUGUCAUCUCUGGCUUAAUAAUAUCAUCCAGAGGUGCACACAGCUCAGUGAAUUUCAUCGCCAGAACCAGGACCUGUGUCUGUCUGACUGCCGGUACAGCACUAAUACAUACCAAAGUAAACUGAUUUUGCUGUGAUUUAAUUGCAAUAAACACAUCAAAAGAAUGCAGAAAUAACUGCAACAUGAUGCAAACGUUUAAAAAGUCUGAAUUUAUGCUUUGUCACGUAUUUCCACAAGAUGACAAGCAAAACAUUUUUAAAAUGCUUGUUUUCACAACAGAGUUUGGAUCAAUCACAGCUACACUUUGUAGGUGAUUAGACUAUUUUCCAUAUUGCUUAUUUCAAAGUCCCAAACCAAAUUAUACUGAUUUUGCCUCAUCAUAACCCUGCUUACUACUGUUAACUAUCAUGUAAACAUACUUUUAAACAUAUUUUUAACGUGCGUCAAAAACUUCAUUUUAUAGAUUAUUGCAUUUUCAAGUGCCAGUUUGUAUUGUUCUGCAAUCUGCGUGUGCAACUUUUUCUGUAUGUUUUUGUGUGUAAAUGAUUUCCAUAAGAUGUAAAAGCUGUUUUUAUAUGAGGCUAAUUCAAAUAUCAUCUAGACAAGCUUUGUGACGUCUUUCCACAAGAUGACAAGCAAAAAUGUUUGUUUAACCUGUAGUUUGCGAUUAAAAGUUAUAACGUGCUUCAACUGCACCUACAUCCACUUUGUAUAGGCCUAGAUCAUUGCAUUUUUAAGUGUCAGUUUAUUUUUAACUUAAUUUUACUUGUGCAUGUGUAACUUUUCUGUAGCCUAUGCUUUUGUGUGAAAAUGAUUCCCUUUGAAUGUAAAAACUUUUUUUUAUAAGAAGCUAAUUCAAAUAUCAUCCAGAGAUGCACACAGCUGAGCGUCCCAAUUUUUGUGUGUGAUUUAUGCCUAAUUGUACUAAACAGAUCAAAAGGAUGCGUAACUACAACAUGAUAGACUACAAAUGUGUAAAAAGUCUGAUAUUUUGCUUUAUCACGUCUUUCCACAAGAUGACGAGCAAAAAUGUUGGAUUAUUGCAUUUUAACUGCCAGUUUAUUUUGAACUUAAUUAAGCUUGUGCUUAUGCAACUUUUUCUGUUUGCUUUUGUAUGAAAGUGAUUCCCAUUGAAUGUAAAACGUUUUUUUUAAAGAAGCUAAUUCAGAUCUAGCUA